UGUCGCUCUCACUUUUAUCCUCAGUCCGUACCUUGACUUUCCGCUCGUUUUCAGUCAUGGCCAUUCUGACAUGACGACCACAUUCUCUUGUCCUCCCUACACUCCACUCCAGGCUACAACCCCCUUGAUUGUCAGCCAUGAGUGAGGAUCAUUCUUUUGUCACUCUGACGCUCCAACAGCGUAUCGCCGCAUUGAAUGCUGCCCAUAUUGGCCGCAUACCUGGAGAGCCGCCCCGGCCCUCGUCUCACCCUCCUCCUCCUGUCCCUACCAGGCGCCCCGCUAUAUUCAAGCAAAACACCAUCAACAAUCCGCCAGAACAGGUCAACGGCUCAAUUACCGACUCGAGACCAAGUAAUCAACCUGCUCCUCCACCUCCGGCGAGAAAACAGCCUCCGCCUCUUCCCUGUCGAAAUCCCCCGCUUGAAGAGCAGAGGAGGGGCUCGGUGACAUCGAUCAACUCGAGUGGUACAAAUGACACAGCCUCUUCAAAGGCCACAACUACUCGCACCAAGUCUACAGACUCGGCGAGCCGUAUCAAGGCACCUGCAUGGGGCGAGUGCGAACUCCCUUCCCUGCCUCCCCGGAAUGGCAACCCACAUGUGAUCACCAGGAAACCCUCGGAAGACCGUCCAAAAUAUGUCAAUCGGGCUCCCUCGAGUACAACACUUGUCUCAUCAGUUACCACCCCCGAAGUCAAGCCUACUCCUCCUCCGCGUCCCUCCCUUCCGCCGAGACUCCCUUCCCGCAAGAAUGAUGCUGAACACCGAGAGCAUACCGGAGAGACUCCGCUCAGGAAAAUGCCUCCUAUUCCCUCGGUCGAGUCAAUAGAAAAGGCAAGGAGAGCUGCGUUUCAUAACACCCCAAAAGAACAACCAUAUUACCAGGAACCUGUCCCAGUCAUGGAGCCGAUACAACUGCCGCCGAAGGAACCUGUAUCACUACCUUUGCGAGAACAUGCACUACCAUUGCCGGCCAGAGAAAACGUACCUAUCUCAUUGGGAGAAACCAUGCUUGGUCACUUGAGAGGUGUCCAGUCAGCUCCGCCGCUGGUUCCAAAAUCCUCUCGACCAGAUCUCUCGGCCAUACUGGCGACCAAGCCAAAAUUUGCUGCCAGCACCGCUACGUUAAAUGGCAGCCCACCAGCUGCUUUCAGUGUCUGUCUAGUCUGCCGAGAUUUCUCUGGCCCUGAUCACCAAGCCACUCUUUUUCCCAGAACCCAGGUCACCUCCUUACAGACUUUAGCCCAUCAGCUGACCUCUCCAUUCCCAUCUCCCACCGACAAGGCACGGGCAAUCUUCACUUGGCUACACCACAACAUUGCCUACGAUGUUGUCAGUUUCUUCAAUAACAAUGUACGAGGCUCAACGCCACAGUCAACCCUACAAAGCGGACUGGCAGUCUGUGAAGGCUAUGCUGCCCUUUUCACAAACCUAGCUACCUACGCUGGCCUAGAGUCUGUCGUCAUCUCGGGUCAUGGGAAGGGCUAUGGAUUCAAUCCCCUCCCGCCGGGAGCCCCUCUUCCACCUUAUAAUGCAGGUCAUGCAUGGAAUGCGGUUAAAAUCGACAAUGGAGAAUGGAAACUCAUCGAUACAUGCUGGGGAGCAGGGUAUGUCCAGGGCGCAGGUCGUCCGUACGUGGCUAAAUUCAACCCGGAUUUCUUCGCCAUGUCAAACGAAGAGUUUGCGGUCAAGCAUUUUCCGGGGAAUAAAGACCAGUUUUUCCUUCCUGGAGGGCGGCGCAUGAGUUGGGAAGAAUAUAUCGUGAUUGACCCUGCCUGCUGGCCUGACAUGGUUGAAGGACCCACGAUAUUUACAAACGCAAAGGAAGAUUAUUCUAUUGGUGAGAAGACGGUGUAUCCGCGAGCAAGAAAAAUCAACAUCCGGCAACCAGAGAAUGUCCGAUUCCAAUUCGGUCUCAGAUGUGCACACUGGACAUUGGAACGGCAUACGCGGAAAGGACCGCCCCCUGUCUUCAUUGUCUCGGUUAAUGGAGUCGAUGGCCGAGAUAAGGAUCUUGUCCCCAUGGACCACUAUCCCGGACCGACGGGACAGGGUGGUGAUAUGUGGGUGGUGGAUAUCCCAGCACGCCAGCUGGGGGCACCGGGACAGACCAUUACGCUAUUUGCAGUCACGACUUUUGGGAAUAGGCAGGAUGCUCGAGGGCUUACGGUCAUGGAGUUCCGCGAAGGCAAGGGUAGAGUCGGCAUGGGAUUUACUGGCGUCGCGGCCUGGGAUUUGGUUUGAUUUGAUGAUCUGUUGGUUUUAGGAUCCUAGGUUUUGUCUGCUUUAUCGGCAUGGCGCUGGGGGAAAUGACACCUGGUGGAUUGAGGCGCCGGGGAAACGUGCAAUGCAAUCCAUUCGCAGGUUGCGUUUGGAGUCACCAACAAAAGGGACACGUCCUGACAUGACAUCGAGACCCUUUGCUGCGACAAAAUCAGCCGGGCAGAUAUCAUGGGCCUCGAAUCCAAUGGCGGCGCAUGAUGGCGAAGAUGGGCGAAGAAAGGAAGAGAAGCCCAAUAUCGUCGACUCCAUGGAUGAGAGGAAAGGACGGAGGUCAAAAGGGGGGGAACAUAAUGAUAAUGAAAUUCAACAAAGAUACCCAUGUGCGAAAGUAAGAUGGAGCGCAAGGACUUGACGGUGCAAGGCUCAUUUCCGGCGUGGUUUGGCAUGGUUUGAUUGCGGUGCGCAGGGCGCGAAAGAGCAAUGCAAGGAUAGACAUUCGAGGCAGAUCCAAACAAGGAACUUUUAGAUAUGAUGGAAAACAGUAGCGACGGUGAGGAAAAGGGGGUGUUGCUUUGAAUUGCC